GAAGAAACCAAUCCAUUACAAUGUCAAUGCCUUAACUAUUUUAAUAAUUAUCCCUUUACAGAUCUACACUGACUUUGAUGAAAUUAGGCAAGAAAUAGAAAAUGAGACAGAAAGAGUUUCCGGUGGCAAUAAGGGUAUUAGUGUUGAACCAAUUCACCUCAGGAUCUUCUCACCACAUGUGGUUAAUCUGACACUUGUCGAUCUUCCCGGAAUGACAAAGGUACCUGUGGGUGACCAACCCCGAGACAUAGAAGUGCAGAUAAAAGACCUGAUACUACGAUACAUCAGCAACCCAAACUCAAUCAUCUUAUCUGUCACUGCUGCCAAUACUGACAUGGCAACCUCAGAGUCACUUAAAAUUGCCAGGGAGGCAGAUCCAGAAGGACGGCGAACGCUUGCUGUUAUCACAAAACUGGAUCUUAUGGAUGCUGGCACUGAUGCUAUGGACGUGCUUAUGGGAAGAGUUAUUCCAGUUAAAUUGGGUAUCAUUGGAAUUGUCAGCAGGAGUCAGCUAGACAUCAACAAUAAGAAAACUGUGGCAGAUGCUUUAAAAGAUGAGCACGCUUUUCUCCAAAAGAAAUACCCUUCUCUUGCUAACAGAAAUGGAACUAAGUAUUUGGCCAAAACUUUGAAUAGAUUGCUAAUGCACCAUAUCCGAGAUUGCUUGCCAGAACUUAAGACCAGGAUAAAUGUCCUGGCUGCUCAGUAUCAGUCUUUACUGAAUAGCUAUGGUGAACCAGUGGGGGACAAAAGUGCAACAUUGCUGCAGCUCAUCACCAAGUUUGCGGCCGAGUAUUGCCACACAAUUGAGGGAACAGCAAAAUACAUUGAAACUUCAGAACUUUGCGGCGGAGCAAGAAUAUGCUACAUUUUUCAUGAAACAUUCGGACGUACUUUAGAAUCUGUAGAUGCAUUGGGUGGUCUCAACACUAUUGACAUUCUCACUGCUAUUAGAAAUGCCACUGGUCCACGUCCAGCACUUUUUGUUCCUGAAAUCUCUUUUGAGUUGUUAGUGAAACGACAGAUCAAACGCCUGGAGGAGCCCAGCUUAAGAUGUGUUGAAUUGGUCCAUGAGGAAAUGCAGAGGAUUAUACAGCACUGCAGCACAUACAGUACACAGGAAUUGCUCCGAUUUCCAAAACUUCAUGAUGCCAUAGUCGAGGUUGUGACAUCGUUGUUGCGUAGGAGAUUACCUGUUACUAAUGAUAUGGUCCACAAUCUGGUAGCCAUUGAACUUGCGUACAUCAAUACAAAACACCCUGAUUUUGCAGAUGCCUGUGGUGUUUUGAACAGUAACAUAGAGGAGCAAAGGCGUAAUCGCUUAGCAAGGGAGCUAGGCUCUGGUCUGCCUCGAGACAAGUCUUCUAAAGCUCCCAGUACUGUGUCUGCCCCUCCCCAGGAGACUUCUACUAUUGCUUCUGCUGAGUUUGAGGGAAAGGUUUCAGGGAAAGAAGUUCAAAUACAGAAUGGAAAUCCAGAUGGUGUAACAACUGGAAAUUGGAGAGGAAUGUUGAAAACAUCCACUGCAAAGCCAGAAGAAGGACCAUCUGAAGAAAAACCUAAGCAUCCUGCUCCUGGGAGUCCACAUAGGGGACCAUCAGUAAACUUCCUUGAUGUGCGUGUUCCUGUCUCACGUAAACUUUCAGCACGGGAGCAACGAGAUUGUGAAGUCAUUGAACGACUCAUCAAAUCCUACUUUCUGAUUGUGAGAAAAAACAUCCAGGACAGUGUGCCAAAGGCUGUGAUGAAUUUCCUAGUCAAUUAUGUGAAGGAUAAUCUCCAAAGUGAAUUGGUUGGUCAACUGUACAAAUCAAUGCUGCUGGAAGAUCUUCUUACAGAAUCAGAGGACAUGGCCCAGCGCAGGAAGGAGGCUGCAGACAUGCUAAAG